AACAAGGAACGGAGAGAGUAUAGGCUAAUCCCCUUGUUUACUUAGAUGUAUUGAGGUUUGGAAUGUCCUGAUGCCCUUGAUAUAACUCCUAAUCAUUUAAGUAUAAUAUAGAUUGAUUUAUAUCUCAUUGAAAUGGUGGGAUUGGAGGAAUCAUAGUAAUAAGGGCAAGGAUUCUCAAUCGCUUGUCUUAUCGAUUAUGAAAAGUAAAUGCUCCCUAAAUCUAGUCUACUUUUAUGGACGGCUCUUCACGAAACUGUUGCUAGUGUUAGAUUUUGCAAAGUAUUGCAGUUUGAUGGAGUGAUUCAGUUAGAUUUUGCAAAGUAUUGCAGUUUGAUGGAGUGAUUCAGUUAGAUUUUGCAAAGUAUUGCAGUUUGAUGGAUUGAUUCUGUUAGAUUAUGCAAAGUAUUGCAGUUUGAUGGACUGAUUCUCUGUUCCAUUGCUUUUCCAUUCAUUUUCUAUUUGGGUUGUGAAACUAUGAGCUGAAUUGGAAUUGGACCUCUCAUUGUUUAUUUUAUAUUUGGCUAAAAUGACUAGUUGUUGGUGCCUUGAUUCUUGUGGAGAGGAGGAGGCUCAUGGACUUAAUUCCACUGUGUUUGAUCACAUUCUUGAAUGAGUGGGAAAUCAGGUCGUUCAUUAUUCUCAGCCUCGCGUUGCAGAUUUUACUGACCAUGUUGGGUAGUCGCAGGAAGUAUGUAUGCAAACUUUGGAUGAGAAUCAUCCUUUGGUGUGCUUACGUAUCAGCAGAUUGGGUGGCAUUCGUUGCACUUAGCAUCAUUGCAAAGAGCACAGUUGAUGAGUACCAGAAAAAGACAAUUCAUGAUGAUCCCGGGAUUGAACUGAGGUGGUUUUGGGCUCAGUUCUUUCUGCUGCAUUUGGGCGGCCCCGACACCAUCACAGCAUAUACUCUCGAAGAUAAUGAGCUGUGGCUGAGGCAUGUGGUGGGGAUGGUGAUUCCAACUGGACUUGCCUUUUAUUGCGCAGAGCGCUUGUCCAGCCUCUAUGCUGCCCAUGGUGAGAACUUCCGCAACGCCAUGCUUCCAGAGUCUGAUCCGGGACCCAACUACCCGAAAUUCAUGGAAGAAGUUGUUAUGAAGAAGGCUGAGGGAUUCAAUGUUAAGGUGGAUCACCAUGAUAUAGAUAUCCCUGUUCUUGCAAAGCAUGAGUUCCCCGACGAACCCAGGUUACACGAAGUUUAUGACCUUUACAAAAUAUUUAAGCCCCUCUCUGCAGACUCAAUCUUGAGUUUUCAAGAUCGAGACAGGAGUGAGUCCUACUUCCGGAGGUUCUCAUGGGAGCAAGCUUUUCGUGUUGUUGAGAUUGAGCUUGGCUUCUUGUAUGAUGAGCUGUACACAAAAGCGUCUGUUGUCUACAAUCGACGAGGCUUUGUGUGUCGGGUUAUCACUUUAACUCUUACUCUAUUCCCCUCCCUAGCGUUUAUUUUCAUUAGCAAGAACAGGAAAUACUCUACGCUCGACUUGACAAUUACUCACUUGUUGCUUGUGGUGGCUGUGUUCUUAGAAGCAUACGGCUUUUGGAUUCUUAUCGACUCAGAUUGGACACGUCAGUGGCUGACCAGGCGCGACGAAUUAUCUCGUCUUGUUCGCGUGAUUAAAAGGUUUCAGCAGCCAAUCAAGAAGAGGUGGUCCAAGAAAAUGGCUCAAUACAAUCUGCUUGAUCUUUGUGUUAGGGACAAAUCUGCGGUGUGCCCAAGAAGCUACAGGUUUCUUCCAAGCAUCAGAAAGAUUACUUUAUUGGAUCAUUACGUCGAAAAGCACCAGCACAAGUAUUUCGUAGACGUCUCCGAUGACCUGAUGGAGCUAAUAUUCACGGAGUUGAGGAGCUACACAGCUGUUUCUGAUCCUGCAGCCAUAUGGAGCAGAAAGGGGAGUUUCACUCUUGAAAAGUACACCUCUCUCUCUCUUGACUGGAUGCGAGAGAGAGAGUUUCAUGAGAGAAUCCUCCUGUGGCACAUUGCUACAGACAUUUGCUCCUCAAACGAUUGGGGUGAUGACAAUCGAACCAACACAGACGAGAGGAAGCAAACCGCAGACCACAGCAAGCAAAUAUCCGAGUACAUGAUGUAUCUCCUCGUCGUCUACCCUUUCAUGCUGCCACAAGGGAACGGGAUGAGAAGAUUCCGUGACACUCGUGCUGAAGUCAGAGUUUUCCUAGAAGAGAGAGAUGCUGCAAUAUCCAGCAAAGUCGAGGUUUGCAAGAAGCUGCUCGAGGUGAACACUGAAGUGCCACCGGCUAAAGUGAAGGGUGACCGGAGCAAAACCGUGCUGUUUGAUGCUUGCAUACUGGCUAAGGCCCUCUUAGCAGAGGGGAAGAGGUGGGAGAUUAUAAGCAAAGUGUGGAUGGAGAUGCUGGCUCACGCCGCCACAAAUUGCAGCGGCGACCACCACGUCCGCCAGCUGCGGAAGGGGGGAGAGCUGCUCAGCCAUGUUUGGCUUCUCAUGGCACAUUUAGGUAUCACUGAGCAGUUCCAGAUAUCUCAAGGUCAUGCUAGAGCUAAAAUGCAAGCAAAUUAGAUUCUUUAAUUCAUUAUUCUUUACAGGAUUAAGUUGUACUUUAGUAGUUAUAUGCUCAUUUGCCACUAAUUCAUGUGUACAUUUGUUAAAAAAAAUACAUGUGUAAAUACA